CUCUGACCAGAUUCAAAAGUCAAACUCAAUCGAUUCAAUCAUUCUCGGCUUCCCAACCCCAGCACACCAUUUACAUACUUCUCUUCAUGGAUCGCGCUGCUCACCAUGUCUCGCCAACCAUUACAGGUGGGAUGCCAGCUUUGGACAUCACUUGCACCCCUGAAAACGGUCGAACAAGCCAGUCGGACGAGAGCCGCGACUCUUUGACUUUGGUCACCCCUGGCUCACCCAUCGACCUUGUUCUUGAUUCCCCAAUGCUUCACAAUCAAAAAUCACAAGAACCACAUUCUCAACCACUACCCGAGACAACCCUCAAUGACGACUCUUUGAAUUCUACCCACCCCCGUCUUGAGGUGUCUACUACCCCCGAAGUGCUCCCUGAGCUUCUUAAGGACCCUACUGAUCAAGAUAGCAGUCCUCAUGAUAUUCAUAUCUCUCUUACACCGUCUACCAGCAGUGGCCAUGAUUCCGGUCGUCUCUCUCCCAUAGCUCCCCGUGAUAUGAUCAUCGACUCAGUCAAUGAUAUUUCCCCGGACUCAUCUAACAUACGACGCAAUGGAAGAGGACGAAAACCCAAAACACCGAAGCCACCACCACCUGAUAUUCAACUCAUUCAUAACUUGCCAGAAGCCACGACUGAGGCCAUCAAAACAUUUGAUCUCUUAGAACAAAAUUGGUACCAAUUCAAGGGUCUCGGUAAAACGAAAAUGCUAGAUGACAUGAUGGUUUGUGAAUGCUCUUGGUCCCUAGGUAAAUCUUGUGCUAUUGCUCUUAUCGACCCAUCACAUAUGAUUCAAGAACGGGACGAUCCAAAUCUAGCUUGUGGACUAAACAGCGGUUGUAUCAACUACUUGACCCAAGUUGAAUGUUUAAAAAAGGAGUGCCGCUGCUUGCAAAUGUGUCAAAAUCAAAGAUUUCAAAAGCGCCAAUAUGCACCCAUCGAGAUCGUUGCUACGGAACGAAAGGGUUUUGGGGUGCGACUGAAGAGCGAUGUCCCAGCUGAUUCGUUCGUCUAUGAAUACAUAGGUGAAGUGGUUGGCGAAAAAGCCUUUCAAAGACGAAUCAAGGAGUACGCACAAGAAGGUCUAAAGCAUUUCUACUUCAUGCAGUUACAGCGGGAAGAAUACAUCGAUGCUACCAAGAAGGGCGGACUGGGUCGAUUUCUGAAUCACUCGUGUAAUCCCAAUUGCUACAUUGGCAAAUGGGUCGUUGGUCGACAUCUCAGGAUGGGUAUCUUCACCAAGCGAGCCGUGAAAGGUGGUGAAGAACUUACAUUCAAUUACAAUGUCGAUCGUUAUGGGCAAGUGUAUGAGGCCCAAGAAUGUUUCUGUGGAGAAGCCCAGUGUGUUGGAUUUCUGGGAGGCAAAACACAGACUGAUGUUGGCGCUAUGGACGAACUUUACAUAGAUGCCUUGGGAAUCACUGCCGAUGUCGAAGAAUUUGGUCUCAAAGGAAGCAAAACCAAAAAGGGCAAAAAGAUGGAUGUUGAUUAUAAUCCUAUUAUGAAAUGCAUUCCACUCAAGGAUGUUCCAAAGGUCGCGUCUGCGAUCCGCCAAUCUAUAUCUAACCAACGUAUCUUGUCGAAAUUACUUCGCCGAGUCUUGAUCACAGAAGAUCCUGCAGUUCAAAAACAGUUGAUGCGAUUGCAUGGCUUCAGUAUGAUGAGUAUGGUUCUAAAUGAAUACUUGGAUAACCAGGAGAUUGUCAAAACGACGCUUGAGAUCUUGCUCAAAUGGCCACUGAUCACGAAAAACAAGAUUGUUAGCACCAAUAUCGAGGAGACAGUGAUGAAACUUUCUUCCAGCCCGUCUGAGAUGAUACAGACACUCGCUGCAGAGUUGGUCGAUAUGUGGGUGGAUCUUUCGGUUUCAUAUCGGAUUCCGAAGGCAAAAGACACGGAAGAUGUCGAAGGAAGCAAGCGCAAGUCUGAUAACAUCCUAGACCACCUUUUCUCGAAGCGCGUCCGGCGGCAGGACUCUGGUCAUAACGCAACGCGCCUACAAUUGGUUUCUGAAACGAAGUACAUUCGGCCUGAAGCCGCCAAGCCAAUCAACGUUCAAAACCUGAAACCUGAAAACAUCCCAUUACCAUUCAAUUGGGCAUUUGAAAAAACACCUGAUGACAAAGUAUAUUUUUAUCAUAUUUUUACGCGUCAGACUCAGUGGACGAUCCCUACGGUUGCAGAUGUAGCUAGGGAAGAGAAGGAGGUGGCCGACUUUUAUGCUCGUCAAAAAGCAGCUGCUGUUGAUGUAAAUGAUAUAGUGGCUAAGACCAAGGCGGAAGCUGAAGCUGUUCGAUUGGAAGCUGAAGCCCGUCAAAUGUACGAGCAAUCCGAACAACCACAACAAUUGGAUUAUCAUCAAAGGGAGCGACAUGAUUCCUCUACCAAACACCUUGGCGAACGAUCUCGGGCCAAAUCAUCUUCUGCCUCUACAUCGAAUGCUAAGCCAUCAAGCUCGCAGACUAAGGAUAAGAAAAUGUUGAGGUUGUUCAGCACUGUUGUCGUGCGCACAAUGUCACGGUAUAAAGACUCGUUGGAGCAUGACCAAUUCAAAAAACGAGCAAAAGAGCUUACAAAUAUUCUGUGUCAAAAGGAGGCAAAGUCGAGCAACUAUAUGGUGGAUGAUUACGACAAGCUGACACCCGGAAAGGAAGCCAAAAUUAUAAGUUUUGUAAAGGAUUGGACUGCAAAAUUGUUGGCACGGAAAGGUUUGGCUACUUCAACCUCUUCUAGUUCAAGGAACUCCCAUGAAACCUCGGCUCCAGCGUCUGCAGCUUCACUUGCAAUCUUUAGGAUAUCGGAACCUACUCCCAUGUCAGCACCUUUAUCACAUGUACGGGAUACACCAUUCACACCGGAUUCGAAAAGUUCAUCAGACUUGUCGAAUGGGAAUCUUGACUCGAAUUUACUGCGAGAAAUCAAUGGAGAGUCUAAGCCAGAUGCUUCUGAAUCUGUAGAAGACUUGGAAACCCGAACAUCGGAUCUUGCAGAUGAGAAUCACAGCACUACUACCGCAUUGACAAUACCUGAUCAACUUCAGGAUAAGAAGGCUAUUCAAACCAUGUCCUUUGAUAAAGCACCACCACCACCACCACCCUGCUCAAUACUUCAAUCUGCUAUCACUCAAAGUGAUACAACCCUUGCGCCUACAAGUGUCAAACUGGCGAAUGGUGAGAUGGAUGUGGUUUGCUCCGGUCAUCCUUCUCAGGUCCAACCAAGUCUAUCUAUGCCAUCGCCUAUAUCUCCUAUAGAUACAAACAUUUCUCAUCAACCGAAGAACGUUCUAUCUCGACUUGAACCUUCGCCUACUACCAUUCUUCUUUGCGAUGAUGCGAAAAGUCGGACUAGUUCGUCUACUCGUUCACCGCCAUUAUCACCAUAA